AUGUCCUGCUCUUCCCGCAAAUCCUCCUCCAGGGCUGGAGGCAGCAGCUUCUUGAGGGGCUCUGCGGGGGGCAGCAGCUUCAGCAGCAGCAGCAGAUGUGGAAUGGGGGGCAGCUCUGCCCGGGGCUUCCGAGCUGGAGGGGGCAGCAGCGGGGGCUUCGGAGGGGGGUUCAGUAGUGGAUUUGGAGGUGCUUCGGCCUGUGGGGCUGGCUUUGGCGGGGGCUCUGGCUUUGGAGGGGGUUCUGGCUUUGGAGGGGGUUCUGGCUUUGGAGGGGGCUCAGGGUUCAGCGGAGGCUCAGGAUUCGGUGGAGGGGCUAGCGGGGGCUUCUAUAGCUAUGGUGGGGGCAUGAGUGGAGGCAUGGGGGGUGGUGCUGGCGAUGGGGGUCUUUUCUCUGGAGGGGAAAAGCAAACCAUGCAGAACCUCAAUGACCGCCUGGCCAGUUACCUGGACAAGGUCAGAGCCCUGGAGGAGGCCAACUCGGAUCUGGAGAGGAAGAUCAAGGAGUGGUAUGAGAGAUUUGGGCCUAACUCUGGAGACGGUGGACCUGGCAGAGAUUACAGCAAAUACUACCCAAUUAUUGAAGAUCUCAGGAAUCAGAUCAUAACUGCCACUAUUGAAAAUGCAGGAAUUGUCCUGCAGAUUGACAAUGCCAGGUUGGCUGCUGAUGACUUCAGACUGAAGUUUGAGAACGAGUUGUAUCUCCGCCAGAGUGUGGAGGCCGAUAUCAAUGGCCUGAAGAAAGUUCUGGAUGACCUCACCAUGACUCGCUCUGACCUGGAGAUGCAGAUCGAGAGCCUGGCGGAGGAACUGGCCUACAUGAAGAAGAACCAUGAGGAGGAAAUGAAGAGCAUGCAAGGUAGCUCUGGAGGGGAUGUGAAUGUAGAAAUGAAUGCUGCCCCAGGAACCGACCUCACCAAGUUACUGAAUGACAUGAGGGCACAGUACGAGGAGUUGGCUGAGCAGAACCGCCGAGAGGCAGAGGAGCAGUUCAACAAACAGAGUGCCUCCCUGCAAGCACAGAUCUCCACCGAUGCCGGAGCUGCCAGUUCUGCCAAGAGUGAAAUCACAGAACUGAAACGCACUCUGCAAGCCCUGGAGAUCGAGCUGCAAUCCCAACUGGCCAUGAAAAGCUCCCUGGAAGGGACCCUAGCAGACACGGAGGGAGGCUACAUGACACAGCUGUCAGAAAUUCAGAUGCAAAUCAGUUGCCUGGAGGAGCAGAUCUGUCAGAUCCGGGGUGAGACUGAAUGUCAGAAUGCAGAAUACGAGCAGCUGCUCAACAUCAAGACCCGCCUGGAGAUGGAAAUUGAGACCUACCGCCGCCUGCUGGAUGGAGAGGGAGGAAACUCGGGAUCCAGGGGCUCAGGAUGCAGAGGCUCAGGAUCCAAUGACUCAAGAUCUGGAGGAAGCUGCUCUGGCCAAACAAGAGAUCCAAGUAAGACGAGAGUGACCAAGACCAUUGUGGAAGAGGUAGUGGAUGGCAAAGUUGUCUCCUCUCAAGUCAGCAAUAUUUCAGAAGUGAAAUUUAAAUAA